UCUACCAGCUGUGUGUGAAACCUGGUGCACAAGGCUGGCCUGUAUUUUACAGGAACAUGGAGCCAAACAACAGAACAACACAUACGGUAACAGAAUUCCUCAUCACAGGAUUGGAUGAAGUACAACACCCAAAGCUGGUGGGACUAGCCAUUUUGUUGGUCCUCUUUCUCAUUCUGAUCGGAAGCAUCACCAACAUUUGUGUCAUAGCAUUCAACAAGCCUCUGCAUACCCCCAUGUACUUUUUUAUUUGCUCGCUGGCAAUGGUAGACAUAGUCUACACCAGCGGCAUUAGUGUUACAAUGCUUAACGUUCUCCUUGGUGAGGAGAGAAGAGUCCCCUAUGCACCCUGCAUGAUACAGUGCUUCUUAUUUACUUUAGGAAGCACUAUGGAACCCUUCGCUAUUGCUCUAAUGGCUUAUGAUCGCCUUAUUGCAAUUUCAUAUCCUCUUCGAUAUCAGACUAUCUUAACUAAUAAAAAUGUAUGUUUACUUAUAAUAGCGACUUGGGCACUAGGCUGCAUGUUUGCCAGUUUGUUUACUGGCUUGGUGAACAAUCUGCCCUUUUGUGGCUCAAAUAAACUCCAAUACAGCUUUUGUGAAUAUGCAGCAUUAGUAAGAGCAGCAUGUGUGAAUCCUACAUAUUAUUUCAACGCAAUAUCUGCUGUGGGGACUGCUAUAUUAUGGGUUAAUUUAUCCUUGAUAAUCGUCUCAUACAUGAAGAUAGUUUAUGUAGUGAUACAAAUGUCUUCAUCCAAAGACAGGAGGAAAACAUUUAACACCUGUGUCUCCCACAUGAUAGUGGUGGCUUGCUUCUUUAUCCCCAAGGUGUUGUUAAUGUUGGUCACCAGGGUUGGUUUGGUUCUCACGCUCUCUCAUAGAAAUGGCCUAAUCAUUGGCUCUACUCUGGGCCCCUCUCUUGUGAACCCACUUGUGUAUUGUCUCAAAACCAAGGAGAUUAGAGGGCGCCUGAAAUAUAUUUUCAAGAGAUCUGAAAUUAGUCCAAAUAUGUAAUGGUUAGGGUUACCAAAGCCAUUUCUUGUUUCUUGCAUGUUCCAAAAAAAAUGUGGUUUAGUCAAUAUUGUUUCCAUGUUAUUUCAUCAUCAUUGUAAUCAUGUUGAAUCAAUGUUGAGUUUGAUUGAAUUUACGAAAACUCAUCAGUGGCUUGUAUCUCAAAUGAACCAGUCAGGUUUCAACUCUGAAUCAACAAGAGUGUUAAGGUUUGCUUGAUUUAGAUCACAGGUCUCAAACUCAUUCCAUGGAAGGCAAUGAGUUUACAGGUGUUCACUCCUGUCUUUUACUGCUCACGGGAGGUCACUGGUUAGUUAGGAACUCCCCUCACCUGAUACCUUAGGGUCUUAGUUGGUCACUGGUUAGUUAGGAACUCCCCUCACCUGAUACUAUAGGUCUUAAUUGGUCACUGGUUAGUUAGGAACUCCCCUCACCUGAUACUAUAGGUCUUAAUUGGUCACUGGUUAGUUAGGAACUCCCCUCACCUGAUACUGAUAGAGGAAUUUUAAAUUCCCUUAUGUUUUAUUGCCAAAACCAAUUAGGUGUGUUUUCCUUAAUCAACCUUUUACAGAUCGAUUCAUGUUCUCGAUAAGGCCAGCGCUUUGGGGGUGAUAAGAACUAUGUUUCUUCAUAUUUAUAUCCAAUUUCUGACCUAUAUGCUCAAUUACUUCUGGUAAUCCAAAUCGCGGAAUUAUCUCCUGACAUAAUGCUCUAGCCACUGUUUCUGCGUCUGCUGAGGAUGUAGGAAACACUUCUACCCAUUUGGUAUAUUUAUCAAUUAUUGUUAAACACCACUUCUUGUUUUCACUCUUAGUUAAUUCAAUAUAGUACACCAUGAGCAAAAGUUUUUAAAAUAGUUAGUUAUUCCAUAUGCUACAAAGUGCUGUUUAACCAUUCCUACCAUCCCCCCUGUUG